CCGACACUAAAAGCGCUUCGUAAUGGCCCAAAUGUACGAGAUGGUAUACAUGUCGCAGGCCCUGCCUUCCCAUGUCAGCUCAUUACCCCUCUGAGCUAGUGCGAAUUGUACCUCGGUACAAUGAUAUCGCAAUGAACAAACGUCGAGCACCGAGGUUGGUUGACAACGACGAAACAUACAGUUUCCGGAAUUGUACUUACAAUUUAUCCCCAUCAUACCUGUAAACCUGAUUGAUACCCUCCUUGCUGUCACUUUCAUUUUCCCGUCAUCACCAGACUCAGAACCUCCACGCCUCUAAUAUGUCAGCAAAAGCCGACGUCCAGCUUACAGACUUCUCCUCUAUUUUCCGCCUCGACGGCAAAGUCGCAGUCGUCAGCGGAGGGUCUCGUGGCCUCGGACUCCACGCCGCCUCUGGUCUUCUCCAAGCCGGUUGUUCCAAGGUCUUCAUCACAUCGCGCAAGGCGAGCGCCUGCGAAGAAGCCGUAGCAGCACUCAAUGCGCUCCCGAACCUGGCGCCAGGCGCAAAAGCCAUCUCGGUUCCAGCAGACAGCUCGAAGCUCUCUGAGAUUGAGAGACUGGUGAAAGAGGUGCAGAAGCAUACGGAUCAUGUCGAUAUCCUCUUCGCCAACGCAGGCGCAACAUGGGGCAGUGAAUUCGAGAAAGUAGACGAGAAGAACGGAUGGGAUAAAGUCAUGGAUCUAAACGUCAAAGGCGUAUUUUUCACCAUCCAAAAAUUCACCCCCCUCCUCACAAAACGCUCCUCCGUCGAAUCCCCCUCCCGCGUAAUAGUAACCGGCUCCGUCGCUGGAAUAGGCGUGGGUUCCAUUGGCGCAGUCGGCGCCUACUCAUACGCCGCCUCCAAAGCCGCCGUGCUACACUUGGCACGCAAUCUGGCCAUUGAGCUCGGCCCCAGACACAUCUUAGUGAACGGCAUUGCGCCGGGGUUCUUCAUGAGCAAGAUGGCGGCGGGCUUGAUCAAUGCGCAGGGCGGCGAGGAGGAGCUGGGCAAGCAGAGUCCGAAUGGGAGGGUCGGGCGGCCGGAGGAUGUCGCAGCUGCGGUGGUGUUUUUGUCAAGUAGGGGAGGUGGGCAUGUUAAUGGGGAUACGAUUGUGCUGGACGGUGGAAAGAUUUUGGGGAGUAAUCGGUUGGAGAAGUUGUAGGUCUGUUGGUGGAGGUGGUUGGACGGAAUGCUAAUAGGGCACGGUUGCAGAGGGAUUUUGAAUGAUGAUACUUGUGUGUAGACGCAAUUGAUUUUCAACAGC